UUGUCGCUGACUUGACAACAGCACAGCACGCGCUGUUGACACACACAUAACGUUUAAGAACACACGCACACACACAGCGUUACUUUGUCUCACUUUCAUUCAGCUACAUAUGUGUUAAAGGGUUUAGAGUUUAAAGGGUUCACUUUCAACAUGGUGGGAAAGAUUAAACAUGUCCGCCAGAAGCUUCACCAGGAGGCGGUGCGCCCCGGCUCUGCGUUAGCAUUAGCAUCAUCGCUAACGGCUGUUUCCUCUCUGGAGAUAACGGCUGUUUCUGCCCACACAAGUGCUCCAAUACUCCGGCAACAACAGCACAACAGCAGGAGAGACACACAGGUGCCGGCGGAGAGCUGCUUCCCCUCAGGGAUCUUUGCCGGCACUAAGAUAACUCCGGAUGCUCUGCGACAAAGUCUCCAGUUUGAGGAAAAAGCUCCACAUGUAUCCGCUGAUGCAGAGAAAGGUCCAGAAGAGAAGAAAGUGAAGACAAAGAAAGAGAAGAUGAAGGAGAGGAGAGACAGAUGGCUCAACAAGAUGAGCUCCAUCAAACAGUUGAAGGAGCAGCAGUUGGCGGCGGCGCGGCGCCAGCAUACGCCCGUGGUCGGAGACAUGCGGCCGCUGGCCGAUGCGCUGCCAGAACUCUGUCAGCUGAUCGCCCCUGUCGCCGCCGGCAACACCCCCUCUGCUCGCCGCAAGAGCAGGAAGAACAGAGUACCGGUGAAGAGGCCGGAGCCGACAGAUUUCAGUCAGAUGAAACAGUCACAGAAACGCAAACUCUUAGAGACGGAGAGCGUGCGGUUCGGCAGCGCCGUGAAGGCGCUCUCGGCCAAAACGAAUCCUCUGGCAGAUAUCGGCGAGCAGCUGAGGAAGAAGAUGAGGGAGGAAGAAGAGCACGCUAACGGCUAACAGCUAACAGGGAAACAUCUGGAAACAUCCGUCGGUUUAAAGGAUGAAGGACUGAAAAUGUUUCCAUGUUUCCUCUUGUGUAAUAAUAAUAAUAAUAAUAAUAAUAAUAAUAAUAAUAAUAAUAAUA